AUGGUAUUGUUAUUCGUGUUCACCUAUCGCUCUAGAGCAGAGGAGCUGACAAGCCACCAGGACGCGUUGACAUCGCGCUUGCGGCCCCUGGUCUCGAAGAAGUUCCAAAAGGCCUAUAUGGGCAUUUUUCUCUUUAUCACAACCGCCUUGUUUAUGAUCGGGGUGUCAACAGUAGCUUACUUCGUCUUCUACUACAAAUUCAUUCCGCAGGUUGAGCUGCAACGCCCGGUGCAUUUGCAAUUUGGUGAUGGACCACCUUGGGGAACUGCACCCUUGGGGACGGAAUUGGCGACCCUCCAACCGUACGAUGUGACCGUCCAACUCGAAAUGCCGCGCACUCCGUCCAACCUUGCCGCAGGGAACUUCAUGCUAGAUUUGUCCCUCUUUUCGCACCGGUCGAUCUCAGCCAAUGACACGUCCCGGGUGCUGAUUGCACGGUCGCGUCGCCCUGCUAUCAUGACAUACGCCUCGCCCAUCAUUGACACGGCCAGCAAGCUCACAUACUUGCCAUUAUACCUGGCAGGCUGGCGUCGGGAAGCGGAGACCCUGGAGGUGCAGAUAAUGGAGCAAAUUGAAUUCCCGCGGGGGUGGCGCAACUUGCCCGAAACCCUUCUGGUCGAGAUUCAUAGCGACGAGAAGAUGCAGGUAUACAAUGCGAAGGUGGAAUUUCGGGCCAUCUUUACUGGCUUACGGUGGUUCGUGUACAAUUGGAAAAUCAGCUCAUUUUUCAUCUUCAGUUUCGUGUUCUGGAGCAUCUCCAUGAUGUCGACCAGCGUUGUCUGGCUUGUGCUGGCCUACAUAUUUAGCACGGAUCAUGAGACACGGGAGACUGAGCGUGGCAGUACUCCGAUCAAGGAGGAAUCGGACGACGAAUCUGCUGAUCCCGCGGGAUUCCCCUCAUCCCGCCAUGACCAGCCACCGGAUGAAAGCGAGACAGAAGACGACUUGGAAGUGGACGUGAAACAGGAGCCUUCAUCUACUACGAGUGAGGCUGGGGAUGACAAUGCGACGAAGCAUGUCGGUACUGGAACUGGCUUUGAGAGUGCUGAAGCCCGGGGCGUACAGAGACGUCGUAGUCAUUUGUUCAAGGAGGAGAAUUUGUAG